AUGAUGCUGAUGCAGAUUGCAUCUUGGAAAGACCCUGCGAACUGGUCCCGGAACCUCCACCGACUUAUUCAGAGAUUUGGAUUGUCGUUGAAUGUGGUGGUGAACAAUGUUUUGUGCCCUUGCCUCUUUCGGAACAGGAUUACACAGGUGCCGUGGCCAGUCCUUUUCCUGUCCAGCUGGCUGCCAAUGGUCUUUGCCAAGACCGGUGGGGCCUUGUUGAUGAACGGCUUCACGGUCGAUCAAGAUGACCAUGAAAAAGCUCUUGCCAGUUUCUGGCAAUUGUACCGUGCUGUUGAUCCGAACCAUGCAGUGUACACCAUGCAUCCCUCAAGGCUUGGUUCAGUCCUGCCACUCAUGUACCAUGGCAGAGGACGCUUGAAGAGAGCUGUGCUGGUCACGAGUUUCGUUUCUGCUCUUCCAGUUUCAGGCCACCCGUUUCUUUCACACCUUUUGUGCACAGUGUUUCCUGGUGAACGCUAUGCAACUGGAGACGAUGGAGUCGAGACUUUGGAAGCACUCCAUGCUGCAGUGGCAAGAGAUUUGAACGAGAAUGGUGGAGGGCCGAUGCACAAGCACGAUGGCGUGCAAACAGACCAGGAGCUGACCCAACUUACCGGCGAUCUGCUAUGA